CGCAAAUGUCAUUUUAUUUACAAGUGAAAAGUAAAAGGCGAUGGGUGUGUGUUGCUUUGUGUUUAUUUAGAACCAAAUUAGUUGUUAGAUAAUUUAAUAAAUAUUAAUAGAAUUAGGUGUGACUCUAUAUAUUUACGUGUUUGUUGUUAGUGUAAUCCAAAACAAAACUAUUAGCUAGUAGCUUUCGUGAAAAGUGCUUGUGUUUUUCUACAAAUCGAAAUUAAAAUAUCAAACAAUCCGCUCUCGUAAUUAUAAUUAACGAUCAUCAGCCAGUAUUUACAAGUGAAUCGUCCAACAACAAACAAGAUUGGUGAUAAGAUAGGUCAAAUGGAAGUCCUAAUGGCUUUGGGUUCUGUUUGUUUGUGUGGUGGUAAACAUGGUCAGUGAUCAGUGUGUCUGCGAGCAUGGCGGGCGUGCCGUGUCCCGGCGGCGGCGUGAGGCUCAGCGAGGCGCUGGACUCCAUGCAGCUCGCCUACAACCCCAUCACCAAGCAACUGCACUUCGUCAGCCCCAAAGUUGACAAACCAGUUGAAAGCACAGAUGAAGUUGACCGCCUAUCCAAAAAGAGCAGCUUCAGUGAUGAAGGCAAUUUCUCCAUCUCGACUUGUGAGAAGAGUGACACCAGUGACUCUCCCAAGAGCACCCUCCAGUGGGGUGGCAGUGUCAGUGGCCAUAAGAGAGGGAAAGAUGGAGGGUCGUUCUCUAGUACUGUGUCCAGUCUAUCGGAGUGCUCGCUGGGGUCUAGUGCGUCUAAAGAGGAUGAUGGAGUGGACCUGACCAGUGAUGAUGCAGACCAGGUGAAGCUGAAGAAGAAGGGCAUAUCUAGCUUCUUUAGUCGAGGAGUAUUCCCGUGGAAGAACAGUUCUAAAACCCAAGAGGACCAGCUCAAGAGCUCUGGGGUGACGUGGCGCAUAUUCGGCAGCAAGUCCAGCGGGAACCUGUCGAAGGCGCUCGGCUCUGAGGGGCCCAACUCCCUGAGCCCGACGUCCUCGGCCGCCAACACCCCGCAUCACCACAAGCGGCAGGGAUCCUCGGCCAGUGAGAAGCAGUUUGAGGACCUCGUGGCUAGUUCUAUAGCGCUGAUACAGCACGAUAGACCAUCCAACCUACCCGCCAAGACAACAGAAGAGGCUCUCCGCCACCGCGCCGAGCACGCGCGCAUGGUUGAGGCGGCGCGGCGCAAGGUCGAGCGCGAGGCGGCGGCGAGGCAUGCGCGAGCACAGGAGUCCCUGCGUCUGGAGGAGCGCCUCGCGAGGCACGCGCGCGAGUGGACCGCGCACAUCCUGCCCGAUUGGCCCGCCGCGAAAAACUCCAAACGGACGCUAGAGCUAUGGUGGAGCGGGCUCCCUCCAUCGAUACGCGGGCGCGUCUGGCAACUGGCCAUAGACAACAAACUGAACAUCUCUCUCGACCUGUACCAGGACUUCGUUGCCAAGGCCAAGCAGAAGCUGCAGGACGCCCAGCAACGGAGGAAGAAACUCAAGGUCAUCAACAGACAAACUUGCGCGUGUCGGAAGAAUCCUGAUAUACCCACUAUACAAGUAGAACAGUCCAAGACGACGGAAAGCAAAAGCGAUGAUGGAACGGAUACAACGGAAACUGAAUUGCCUAAAUCAGAAGAACAGUUGUCGCAAACGGAAGAUAGGUUGCCCAAAAUGGAUGAUAGGAUGCCGAAGUUAGAAGAACGGUUGCCCCAAACAGAAGAAAGGCUAUCAUUAUCAAAAACAGACGACAGCAUAGAAAACAAACCCCGUCUCAGCAUACCGCGCAACUUUAGCGAGCAAAACUUAAAGUCGCAUUGCGUUGAAGCAGAAACUAAAAAGUGUUGUUCAAAAUCGAAUCCGAACUUGUUAGAUUACAGUGACGAGUGUUCGAUGGAGUUGAUACAGUUGGACAUAGCGAGGACGUUUCCACACCUGUGUAUAUUCCAGCCGGGCGGACCGUAUUUUGAUGUUCUACAUGAGUUGUUGGCUGCCUAUGUGUGCUAUAGACCGGAUAUUGGAUAUGUACAAGGCAUGUCGUUCAUCGCGGCGGUGCUGAUCCUGAACAUGGAGGCCCCGCAGGCGUUCAUCUGCUUCGCCAACCUGCUGGACGGGCCCGUGAUGCGCGCCGCCUUCACGCGAGAUGGCGCUAUGAUGCAGCGUCUAUGGAAAGCGUACAGCACGCUCCUACGUCACAACCUACCAGCACUAGCCGACCACGUGGCUCCAGAGCUAUACCUACUGGAGUGGCUGUAUACCGCCUUCGCCAAGGCAAUGCCACUGGACGCGGCCUGUCGGGUGUGGGACGUCUUCAUAAGGGACGGAGACACGUUUUUGUUCAACACUGCGCUAGGCAUCCUCCAUCUGUACCAAGACGAGCUGAAAGACAAGGACUUCAUAUCGGCCGCGCAGUUCCUCACCAAGCUACCGGAGGACUUAUGCCCAGAAGCGUUGUUCAAGAGCAUCUCCGCAGUCUCAAUGUCCAUGGACGGUAUGUCGUUUGAGGAGUUAGUCUCUUGUUGCGAGGUGGAGAGCAGUCUGGACGAUGACGUCACGGUGCGGUUAUGAUACGAGGCUAAAAGCUCAUUCUGGGACGUUUUCGGUAACAUCUCGUUCCGCAUAGGCUUAUAGCGCCAUCUGUUGGGCGGCGGCCGCACUA